AUGGAAAGGUUCAACAGGGUCAUUUCUUCUCAUGAACUCAUUGAUUUACCUUUAAUGGGAUCCAUUUUCACUUGGAAUAAUAAUCAAAGAAACGACAUUCGAAUUGUAAGAGGUCCUAGUCCAUUCCUCUUUGAGGUAUACUGGUUAUCCCAUCCUUCAUUUUUUUCUAUUGUUCAAAAUUGGUGGAACACUUUUACUUUCUCUGGUAGUGCAGGUUUUGUUCUUAGUAAAAAGUUGCAGAUAUUGAAGAACAAAUUAAGAAGUUGGAGUAAAGAAGAAUAUGGUCACAUAGAUCGGCAAUUGGAGGAGUUGGAACGCAAGUUCAUUGAGCUUGAUUUAUUAGAAGAUGCUAACAAUGGGCUUACGGAAGCAGAAUGGGAUGAGAAAUUGAAGACUCGGCAAGAUUAUUGCAAGUUGAUUAUUCUUCAAGCCGACAAAUGGAGGAUCAGAGCUAAAAGCAAAUUCAUCAAAAGUAAUGAUAAUAACACUAAGUUCUUUCAUAGACUUACUACUGAUAGAAGAAGAAGAAAUUAUAUUGGCAAGAUCAGAGAUAAUGUUUCUGAAAGACCUGUUAUGGAGGAUACGGGUUUCGAAGCAAUACCUGAAGAUGUGCGGGUUUGGUUAGAGAGGACUAUUGAUGAAGAAGAAGUUAUGUAUGCUAUUAAGUUAAUGGGGAAAGAUAAGGCUCCAGGCCCAGAUGGUUUUCCGGAUAGAGGUUUUCUUGAUUGGAGACUUAAAAACACUUUCAUAGUUUUGAUUCCUAAGAAAGAAACUGUCGAAGAAAUUAAAGACCUCAGGCCUAUUAGUUUUUAG